AUGGCCCGCCGCGCCGGGGCGCAGAGCAAACUUAACCUUCAUUUGGGAGCGCCCAGCGGCCGGAGCGCGCGGCGCGGCCAUCGAUCGCCGCUAAUGGCCUCGUCUAAAUGCGGAGCCGCUGCCUCCUCCCCCCGGGUCAGCGCGCCCCCGCCCUCGCCUAGCGCUGUGUGCAAAAUGGUGUUUACCAAAGUCAAUAUUGGCUGCCCGCACCACCCAGGGACCCCGGCAGGCAGCCCCCGCUGGCCUCCCAGAGCCCGGGGCCGCAUCCGGGCUGCCCAGGCCUCGUCCUUGCUGUCGCAACGGACCCCGCCCCGAGGGGAUGCCUGCGAGCCUGACCCAGCGGGGCCUCACCCAAGGUUGCCCAGGGCCCUGAGUCCCUGGACCCUCCAGGCAGCGCCCACCGUGGAAAGAGGAGACUUCGGGUUGACUCCUGGCUGGGAUGUCUGUAUUAUCUGGGCAGGUCCCUUCACCUCGAGCGCUCUGGGCUCGCAUUUUUAA